UUAAGUUUACUGGUGGGGGAUAACGGACAGCGCUAGGGUCAUUGAUGGCUUGGGAUCUCCGUGGAACCAUUAACUUCGCGAUCCCAGCGCACACUCCGGGUGCUGGAGCGCGCGGGCUGGGCGCGGGCUGCGAGCCUAAGGAACGCGAGGGAUGCCCUGGUCCUCGGGAAACGGCCUCCGGAAGUCCAGAUGGGGAGGGAAGGCAACCAGAUGCUGGGGGACGCCGGUUCUGGGGUCCGCAGUCUCGGGAGCCACGGCGAGGUCUCCACUUCUUUCUACUAACAGACCAGGACGUGCCGGCCGGCUGGGUGCUGGCGAUGGGAGCCGGACCGGGAGCGCAGCAUGCCCGGAGCGCCGGGCUCGGCGGGGGCAGCGGCCAGCCGAGGCCUGGCCGGCAGGCGGGGGCGGCGCGCGCUCCCCGCACCGCGCGCACACACAGGCGCGCACACUGCACACACACACCUGGAGCUCGUCCCGGGAGGGGGGCGGGGAGGACAGCCAAAGCAAGUGUCUUAAAAUAGGCAGGCAGAAGAGCGCUAGACGCUGAGAGGCGGGAGGAGGCGAUCGCGAGCGGCAGGCACUAGGCGCGCAGGUCCGCGCCGGGUUGCACAGGCGGGCUGGGCGGGGUGGGUGCCGACGCCCCUCGGCGGCCAGCCCUAGGCGCAGCUCCGCACCCGGCCCCGCAGGAAGCGCGCGCUGAUUGACAGCUGCGAUGUCCCCAAAAGGCUCCGCGAAGAUGCUGAUCCGCGGGUGGGUCUAGACGCGCGGCCGGCGCGCCGGGUGCCGCCUCCCCUCCGCACCCCUCCUGAGCCCCGCCGCCUCCCGGCCGCGGAGUAGCCGGGCCGAGGCCCCCGCCGGCGCGCCAGCCCCACGGCCCCGGCUGGCGGGCGCUCGCCCGGGCUCACCAUGCACUGCCACGCGGAGCUGAGGCUGAGCUCGCCCGGCCAACUCAAAGCAGCCAGGCGGCGCUACAAGACUUUCAUGAUCGACGAGAUCCUCUCCAAGGAGACCUGCGAUUACUUUGAGAAACUUUCGCUGUACUCCGUGUGCCCGUCGCUGGUCGUGCGACCCAAGCCCCUGCAUUCCUGUACCGGCCCCGCUUCCCUCCGGGCAUAUCCUCUCCUCUCAGUGAUCACCCGACAGCCCACGGUCAUCUCCCAUCUGGUCCCCACCACCCCGGGAAUCGCCCAGGCUCUGUCCUGCCACCCUGCCGCCGAAGCUGCCUCUGCGGAGGCCCCAGGCGAGAACCACGGCAGCAGUGAGUCUGAGACGGAGCAGCCCACGCCCCGGCAGAAAAAGCCCCGCCGGAGUCGCACCAUCUUCACCGAGCUGCAGCUCAUGGGCCUGGAGAAGAAGUUUCAGAAGCAGAAGUACUUGUCCACCCCAGACAGGUUGGACUUGGCCCAGUCUCUGGGACUCACUCAACUGCAGGUGAAGACCUGGUACCAGAACCGCAGGAUGAAAUGGAAAAAAAUGGUUCUUAAAGGUGGACAGGAAGCACCCACAAAGCCCAAAGGUCGUCCCAAGAAGAACUCCAUCCCCACAUCAGAAGAGAUCGAAGCUGAAGAGAAGCUGAACAGCCAGGUUCAGACCCAGGAGCUCCUGGAGCCCUCCCAGGGCCUGGAGGGUCUCUGUGAUACACAGGAACCAAAGGCACGCGGUGUCCCCGUGGAGGUGGCCAAGUCCCCAGGCCAGGCCCAGGAGUUGCCAGUAGCCUCUCCGGAACCCCCACCAUCAAGCUAAGAUAAAACUCUUGGUGGGGGGAGGGGGAGACUGGGAAGAAGGGAAAGAAAGAGGGCAGGGAGACGAGGGAGAAGAAAGCUGCCGAGAGCCCGAGACCUGGGGGAGAAGACCACGGCCGGCUCCCUCCCUCCUGCCCGUGGCUCUCAGCUCCAGCCUUUGAGGAAGACUUGCUCACCUUGGCCUGCUCUUCCUAAAAGGCUGCCUAAGCCACACAAGCCCUUGACUAAGGGACACAGUGCCUUGGAACUGCCGGCCCCAGUGGGGGUGACGCCGUGCAGCUGUCCGGGUCCAAGCUCCCCCUGGCAUGAUGGGGGACACUGCGACCAGCCUCGGAGCAGCUAGCCAUCAAAGCAGAGAGACGGAGGAGUGGGCAGCAUGCCCAGGUUCCUUGCUGACUCAGCACUUAUUUCUGUAGUUUUAAAAGAGAAUUUAAUGUUUUUGAUUGUUGUUUUUUUUUGGGGGGGGGGUGGUCGGUGAGGGCGGGCAGAUAAGAGUUGGGGGAAGGGAGUUUUGAGUUAAUAGAAUAAAGUUUGUUUGUUUGAAGACAUGCGUGCCUUUAUGCCCAUUAUAUGGUAGUCAGGUGACCCAGGAACUGAUAAACCUUGUUUUUCUCGCUUCAUUCAGUUGCCAUCCCUGAAGCUGCAAUGCAGAUAUGUUAAGAUAACUUUUAUUUUUUAAUUAAAAAUAAAUCUUUUAAAAAGGA